AUGCGGACAAUCCGCUCAGCUCUGAAGUAUCCUCCGAAACACUCUCCAGCGGAUUGUCCCCCUCACACUGUUGAGGUUGGUGCCCGACCACCUUCCGAAGCGGCUAUUCUCCUCCCUUUGAUGAACAUUCAAGGAGAACCAUGCAUCUUAUUGUCGAGGCGGUCAGAGAAGUUGCGAGUACACGCUGGCGAAGUCAGCUUUCCUGGAGGCAAAGCAGACCCUACCGACGCAAACCUUGCUGCAGCGGCCAUGCGCGAGGCCGAAGAAGAGCUCGGAAUCCCUGUGGAGAACGUCGAGCUUUUAGGUAUGCUGGAACCUCCAGAAUACAGUCUGGGCAACCGAGCCAGAGUAUGGGCGUUCGUGGGCUUUGUCCACGAUCGACCUUUCGAUAUACUCAAUUCUGCGACCCAAUUCAGGUCGCAGAAAGUCGGACCACUGACUUCACUAUCGCUUAGCGAUCUAAAGCCAUCGACGUCCGAAGUAUCGGGUCUCAUCCCCUUCCCUCUAUUUCUACUAGCCGACAAAGAAUCAGACCGUCGAUCACUUCAUUUCUUCCGGAUGGAUCCUGGGAAACCGUAUUGGAAAUACAAAGUCGGAGACUUGUUCGUCAAUACAGAUGGGACUGGACAAUCGAUAGAGGGGCUUCGCUCUGACAAGUGUGAGGUGUGGGGACUGAGCGGAUGGUUCUUACAUCGACUGUUGAAGCGUAUGGGUUUGACUGAAGACCCAGUGAUGGCUCAGAUACGGUCUGAGACCGGCACAGAGACUCAGGGCAAUCUGACUUACACCUGA